AUGGCAUACCCUCAGCAUCCAGCGCAAAGGGCGCCUCCGGUGCGAAACUAUGGUCCCGGCGCUCCUCCCACCCGGGGCGGGGCCUUUCAGGGUCCGCCGCCAAACGGACAUUAUGAUUAUGGCUAUGACAACCAACACUAUGGAUACAGUGAGGGUCCUCAAGGUUCAGGACGCGGUUAUCCCGGUGAUAGCGCAGUCCCACGGUCUUAUGGGCCUCCACCAGGAGCACCGCGGCCUCCACGUGGUGGCUAUGGGCCCCCGAUGGAGUCCCGUGGAUAUGCAUAUCGUGGACGCCCACCACCGACGCAGGGAUAUGAUGGCCGUCGUGGCUACGGGGACAGACCACCUCCACAGAUGAGACGGCCUGCUCGUCCGCCGCAAUCUCCUGAUAAGAUGGCAUUUGACAAUCCUUUUCCAUCUUUCCCAACGAAAGACCCGCGCGGACCAAGAAGUAUCGAGGGCGAGAUGGCCGCAAUGAACCUCAAUGGCGGUCCAGUGCCCCCUUCGCAGGUGCCGGAUCGUCCGCAUACCUCGCACGGUAGACGGCCACCCAGGCCUGUAUCACCUGGCCGUGGUAGAAACAACUACCCCGCCGCUCCUGUGCGAUCAGCAAGUACUGGUCGUCCGGCAGCUUCGUCUGUUCGAAGCGACAGACCGUAUACCGAUCCUAACGACCCGCCGCCCGUACCACACGUCAAUCGAAGCGCUACCAUGCCGGUUCAGCCGACCAUGUCACCUCCGCCGCCCAAGCCUCUAUACCCGGGACAAUCAACCUAUCAAGAUCCCUACUCUCACCCGCAACCGGGUCCGCAUGAGCAUUUCGAUACUGAGGCAUGGGUGGAUAGUUAUUAUAACUCGGCUCAUGCUGGUGAGAGUGACAUGCCCAACUUCGAUGCGAUGCCUGAUCCCGCAAAGGGCGGAGUGAUCGAUGAAAGCUUGCCCGGCCUUGAGCAGCCGAGGGCCAAGGCACCCAUCGAGUCACCACCCUCGUCUCGUGGAGGAUACACCGCGUUCAACCCUCAUGCAGCGGGCGAUCCUUAUCCGCAGUCUCCAGUGGAAGCCAGGGGCGCAGCUGUGCCAAAUCAGUUCGCAAAUGCAGGCUUCCAGUUCGACCUGCCAAAUGAGGGCCCACCAAUUCAGCCUGUCUAUACUCAGGCCAGUGCUGGAUAUGGUUAUAAUCCGCAUCCCUACGAGGAGCCCCACCCUCAAGAUCAGGGGAACUGGGGCGCUGGAAUGCCAGCUUAUCCCGAAUCCAAUAGCGGCUAUCCUGUCCCAGAACCUUCUGUCCGGAACAAUGGGCCGCCUCGCCCCUACAGGCCCAACCAACAGACGCCUGUAACUGAGCCGGCACCAGCGGUGAGCCAGCCCGAAGCUCUGGAUCCUCAAAAGAACCCCGACGCUCUUCCCCACCACCCCGUUCCUUUCCGCCCGGGCCACGAUCAGGCAAGCAAACCCGCACCAGUACGGCAAUAUAACAACGUCAAUGCAUCGGCUCCUCCUCCUGCUGCUUCCCCACCGCAAGCCGCUCCUGUAGAACCAGCUGCAUCCGGUCCCGUCACUCAGCAAGAGCUCCAAAGCCUUCAGCAGAUGGCCAAAAGUAGGCCGUCAGACAACAAGACCCAGCUUCUACUUGCGAAGAAGUUGGUUGAAGCUUCGACAGUUCUGGUUGAAAGCAGUCGGAUGGAUCCUAAGACCAAAGCAAAAGCCCGUGAGAGGUAUGUCAUGGAUGGUUACAAGAUCGUCAAGAAGCUGGCAUCCAGUGGAUACGCAGAUGCGCAAUUCUUUCUCGCGGACUGUUAUGGCUCAGGACAGAUGGGCCUUCAAGUGGAUCCUAAGGAAGCUUACAGCCUAUACCACUCCGCUGCUAAGUCAGGGCACGCUCAGUCUGCUUACCGAGUCGCUGUAUGCUGCGAGAUAGGACAAGAAGAAGGCGGAGGCACUAAACGCGACCCCUUCAAGGCGGUACAAUGGUACAAGCGCGCUGCAUCCUUGGGAGACCCGCCUGCGAUGUACAAGAUGGGAAUGAUCUUGCUCAAAGGCCUUCUCGGGCAAGCCAAGAAUCCUCGUGAAGGUAUCUCUUGGCUAAAGCGUGCCGCAGAUCGUGCCGAUGCCGAGAACCCACAUGCCCUUCAUGAGCUUGCUCUCAUGUACGCAAAUGCUGGACCCAAUGAUGUCGUAGUUCGGGAUGAAGCCUACGCAAGCCAACUGUUCCACCAGGCUGCCGAAUUGGGAUACAAGUUCUCUCAGUUCCGCUUGGGAUCUGCGUAUGAGUACGGCUUGAUGGGAUGCCCUGUCGACUUCCGGCAGAGUAUCAUUUGGUACACUCAUGCUGCGGCCCAAGGGGAGCACCAGAGUGAACUUGCUCUCAGUGGAUGGUACCUUACCGGAGCGGAGGGUAUCCUCCAGCAGAGUGACACGGAAGCCUAUCUCUGGGCGCGCAAGGCUGCGACUGCCGGUCUCGCCAAAGCAGAAUACGCGAUGGGAUAUUUCACCGAAGUCGGUAUCGGUGUAGCUGCCAACUUGGACGAUGCGAAGAGAUGGUACUGGCGGGCAGCUGCACAACAAUUUCCCAAAGCUCGUGAGCGUCUCGAGGAGAUCAAGCAGGGCGGCGCUCGGAUGCAAAAGACCCGACUGUCCCGAUCUGCUGUCAAUCAACAGAAGCAGAACGAAGGCGAUUGUGUCAUCAUGUGA